CUUACUUUCCUCCGGCAAAAACAGCAUCCGGGGGCUAAGUUCAGGACAUGAAUAGAAUGCUGAUUGUUUGAUACUUGAAGGCAGACCCGUAUAUAUGUAUGUGAGAAUGUGCCGUGAAAUAAUUCUAUCAUCACGUCAACAAGCAUUUACACAUCUGCCUGCCUAUCAAAGCUUCCACAUCAAGUUCUAUACUGAUAUUCAAAUCUCCAAAUCUCCAAACCCAAAUAAACAAAUCAUCAUGCUCUCUUUCUCCUCCACCAUGGUCUUCACGGCCACCCUUCUCUCCACCCUCACCAACGCCAUCGCCAUUCCCCCCUCUACCAUCAACCCCACAGGCGUAAUCCACCGCAUUACCGCCGGCUCCACAACCGCAAACUCAGGUCUGCACUUCGAGCCUGAAAACGUCGUCGCCCUCCCCGGCGACCUAAUCGAAUUCCACUUCCUACCCAAAGCGCACUCGGUAGUUCAAUCCUCCUUUGCCCAACCCUGCGCACCCCUCAACACCCCCGACGCCUUCUUCUCCGGCUUCAACUUUAACACCACGGCUGGUGAAGCUCCUAACGUUUUCACAUUCAUGGUCAAGGAUACGAAGCCCAUGUGGUUCUACUGCUCGCAGACGAAUGGGGAUCAUUGCCAGAGGGGCAUGAGUGGGGUUAUUAACCAGGAUUUCAGCGAUAAUGAGAAGACAUUGGCGAAGUACAAGGAGGCGGCCAAGGGAACGGUGACGAAGCAGCCCAGUGUUAAUCCCGCGAAGAGUCAGGGUGGGGAAAUCAAGCCUAAUGUGCCUCUUUGAGGUGGAGGUAUUGAGGGGAUAUGAAAGCGAAUUGUUUGAGUGGCAUUUGAUUUAGCGUGGCGAUGGCGUUUUUGAUUUGUAUUGUUGGUUUGGUUAUCUUGCAUAACUAGCGUAGAUUAGAUUCAUCUUGGUGGU